AUGGCGACGCCGUUUUCUGCGACGUACUCCCUCCAGCCGCCGCCUGCGUCGGCCGCGAUGAGCGCGGCAUCCAAAGAAGGGAGUCGGCGCUCGUCGCUGGCACCUACGGCGUCGGUCCCUGAUGUGCUGGAUCGACCGCGCGAUAAAACACGCAGUGUCGACGUCAGCCGCAGUGCGCUGCAGUACCUGUUUGCCGAGAUGGUCUCGUAUACACAAGGCCGUGUCUCUGGGAUCUCUGAUUUUGAGCGUUUGCUGAGUACGAUGGGCCGUCGUGUCGGUGUGCGUUUCCUUGCGAUGACAGCGCAUCGUACGCAACUCGCGAGCAACCCCAAGAAGCCGCAGCGUGAGACGCGGCUGCUCAAGACGUUGUUGUGGCUGCAGUCUACGUUUUGGAAAGCUGUGUUUGGGGCUCAGGCCGACAGCCUGGAGCGCAGUACAGAGAGCGAUCGCUCUGAUGAAUAUAUGAUAUCGACCAAUACGCCCUUGCUCUCGCAAGGCCUCUCUGUCCCGAAAGAGAUGGAGCAGCUGAGUGUCGAGGCCUUUACGGCCGGCAUCAUGGAAGGCGCGCUGGACGCGCUUGGCUUUCCUGCGCGGGUCACAGCGCACUCUGUGCCGACGGAGGCGUAUCCGUACCGCACGACGAUCCUCAUCAAGCUCGAUGCCUCUGUGAUGGAGCGCGAGGCGGCCCUGGGCGGGCCAUAG